GAAUGUCGUCGUUGUUUUUUUCUUUUUCUCGGGGAGGAGGAUGAAAGUGCUGCCGUUCAUCUUGUCGCUCGUUUCCAGUCGCCUCACAUCCCGGCCGAGACAAUUUCGUCUUUUGCCCGGGCGAAGAAUACGAGAGCGGAAUGUCAUCAUCUGUGGGGGGGUAAAAUGAGAUGACAGACGAGCAGCGGCCGAUUGGCUCAAUCGAAACAGAACAAAAUGGACUGACGUUGACGAAUUCGAUAUCCAAGUUGCAUCUCGGAUGAUUCGCCCCAGUUUUCUUCAGGUUCCGGUUAUCCGGUCGAGUUCUCUCAUCCUUUUUUUGAUUCGAUUAUUAGUUUGACGAUUAUUUUUUUCUUUUUUUCUUUCUCGGUCGGCAUUGGAUUCUUUUUUUAUUUUGUUUUUGUGGCUCCCGAUGAUUUCACAAAGCCACCAAUGAAAAAACACUGCACGUCGUGAGAAAUCCGACCGAAGCAUCGGAAAGGCUUCGUCUCGUUCUCUGUUCCCGCCCGUCCGGCACAAUCUCUCGUUUCCGUACGCUGGUGCUGCGGUGGCGCUGUCUGUCGUUCUCUCUCGCUCCGCACUCGGUUUGAUUUUGUUCCAAAUGUGGCAACGCUGCCACUCGCUCCUCCCACCGCCUUCUUCGUGUUGUCUCCAGGCAGCAGCAGCAGCCAGCCAGCUCGAGAGACGACUGGUGUGUGUGUGUGUGUAGGGAUAGAGAAAGAAAAGAAAAGGAGAGAUAGAUAAAUAAGAUAGAAACGAUAAAUAUAGUAAGGGAGAGACUAGGGAGAGAGAGGAAGGCUGGAAAAGGAGGUAAGAGAGAGAGGUGGAAGGAAAACGGGGAGAAAGAAAGAAAGAUAGAUAGAAAAUGGAGGACGCGAGUUGCACAGGCGAGUCCCUUGCGUUAUAGCCAAAAGUGCCACACACCAGAGCUAGUGGCUACGCUCCUUUUGCGAUACAUACACACGACGUGAAAUCUUCCGACACGACAAGAAGAAGAAACAACACACUGUGAAUGUUUUUGGAUUUUUUGGUGCUCUGCAAUUGAUCGCCAAGUUUGUGACGACGACGAAAAAGUGCCUACCGACGUGUGUGUCGUUUUCCCAAAACAUUGUCUCUCAGUUUGACCCAUCGCCAUUUUCCAAAGACGGAGAAUGCUGCUGCUGUCCGGCUACCAACAGCUACCGGUAUGACGACUUGAUCCAGUCGGUUGUUGGAGGAACACACAUAGUUUUUUCGAGUGUCUUUCGUUAGUGUGUGUGACAGUGAAGGAAAGUUUUGGUUUUCCAGUGGUGGACUAGGAGGAACGUCGUGUGUGUGUUAUUAUUUUACCCCUUCAAAAAGGCGUCGCUGUGAUGUGCAGUGCUUGGUUAUGCUGACGGAUACCGCAUUCCUGGAUGAUGCACAGAGUUUGGGUGCAAUUCCAUGCGAGUCCCUAUCGUCCGAGCCGUGCUGGGCCAACAUGAACACGCUCAGCAGCGGCGGCGGAGGUGGUGGUGGUGGCAGCAGCAGCAACAGCAACAGCCCCGGUCUCGGCAACAACAACAACAACAAUACGGCGUCGUCUUCACCAACGACGACCAACAACAACAACAGUACUAGCAGUGGUGGUGGUGGCGCUGGCGGCAGCAACGGCCUCCUCCACGGUCCCAGCGCCUCUGCGGGCGCCAUCAAAAAGCGACGGAAAUCCGACACGAAGCCGCUGUCGCAGAUCAACAAGUGUCUCAACGAAAAAAGACGCCGGGAGCAGGAAAAUGUUUACAUUGAAGAGCUGGCGGAAUUGAUUUCCGUCAGUAUAGCCGACGUCAACUCGCUGUCGGUGAAACCGGACAAGUGCGCCAUUUUGCAGGAGACGGUCAACCAGAUCCGGAAGAUCCGCGAGCAGGAAGAAGAUGGACGGAGUUCGAGCAGUAGCAGCAGCAGCAGUAGUAGUAGCAGUUCAAGUUCUAGCAGUUCCGGCACCAGUUCUGGGCACAACAACAACAACAACACGACAUCGCCCAGCGCUGACGGAGGCGUUGGUGGCGGUCCGUUGCUCCAGCAAGGCGACGUCUCGUCGUCGAAACCGGCCCUGCUGGACACGCAACUCUUGGGGACGUUUCUGCUGGAAGCCCUCGACGGCUUCCUGUUUGUCGUCAACACGGAAGGCAAGACGGAAUACGUUUCGGAAAAUGUCGCCCAUUUCCUACACUACCAGCCGCAAGAUCUCGUGGGCAAAUCCAUCUACAAUUUCAUCCAUCACGGAGAUCACGCCCGAUUUUCUUCGUCGCUUUUGCCCACGGCCAUUGCUUGGCCGAGUGAAAUGGCGCCGGCGUCGCAGAACCGAUUGGGCCGCUGUUUCAACUGCCGACUGCUGAUCCAGCCGCUGGGCGAGCAAGAUGAGACGAUGGAGGAAAAGCAGCAGCGAGUCGAGCAUUACGAGAACAUGCAGAUUUCAGCCGUCCUCCAACCGUAUCCAGGUGAUCCAGGCGGUGGCGGCGGCCACCAGCCCAAGAGAAACAGCGGAGCAGCAGCUGCGGCGGCCGCUGUGGGUUUGGAGGCUUCCGACUUGGAAAUGGCCCUGACCUCUGUGGCUAGCGGCUCCAGCGGAGCUGAUCCACAACACUGCCUCGUCUGUGUCGCCAGGCGGAUUCCGUCGACGGAGAAAAUGGCGUCGUCGGCCAUCGUCACGACCGGAGGACCCGUCGUCGAGCAGUUCACCACCAAACUGGACUCGACUGGCAAAAUUGUGGCCGUCGACGUCACCGGAGUCUCUCCGCCCUACAGUUCCUACUUCAGCAAAGAAUCCCUCCUCUCGUGUACCAUCCAGGAAUUGUGCCAUCCGGACGACUUGUCGAUUUUCCAGGCCCAUUUCCAGGAAACGAUCCAGUCCGGCUGCGGGCUCAGUUCCAGGUACCGUCUCCGAUUGGCCGGCGUUGCAAGUUUCCUGGUCGUCCAGACAAAGUCGAAGCGCUUCGUCAACAGCGACACGCACGACACGGACUUUGUCAUGGCUACCCAUUCCAUCAUCGUGGACGACGAGGACGGCCAGGCUGACGGCGGUGGCGGUGGCCGGUUGAUGUUGUCGAAAAGCGACACGCUCAAAGACGUCCAUCAGCAGAUAACGGACGCUGCCAACCAGAUGAACCAGCAGCAGCAGCAGCAGCAGACGACUGUCAAUCCGGUGCUGACGAGCGUCGUCCGCCACGAUGUGAUAUCGGCGACCAGUUACGGCAACGGCCGCAGUGGCGCCACCACCACAACCACUUCCUCCUACUCCAGUACCUUCGCCGGAUUAAGUUUGGGAACGAGCGGCGAUCUUCUCAAUGACUUUGUCGUGCCCGACCUCUUCAUGGCUUCGCCUCCGUGGGGUGGCGAUUUCAACACCAGCGAGUCCAGCCUGGACGGCAACGGACCGCCCGGCGCUUCGGCCGUCGCUUCUGCCGCCGCUUCUGCCGCUGCUCAAAUGAACAACAGUCACCACCAUCUGCCGGCCAUCGCCACUUGCAAUCAGCAACAACUCUCGGCUCCAUCUCCUCACUCCCUCGUCCCGUCCGGCGGACCCCUCCUGGCCGGACACAUUCCCCAUUCCGUUGGCGGGGGAAUGAUCAACUGGGGAAGUCCUCCGCCUUCGGGCGGACAACAACAACAACGGCCCGGCUCGACUUGCUCGGCCCCUCCCGUCUCGUCGAGGCCCAGCUCGCGUCAGAGCGCUUCAUCCACACCGCGACCGCCCAGCGUUUCGUCAGCCUUCAGUCCGGCUCCCAAUUCCGUUUUGGGCGUCGUGCAUCCCUCCCCCGUGCUCAGUCCAGUUGCCACUAGUUUGCAUCCGGCCGGAAUGAUGAGCUCGGCCACGGCCACCACUUCGUCGUCGUCGUCGUCUUCGGCCGGCCAACAGCAACCCAGUCCGGCCAGCAUGACGACGCCCUUUAGCAACAAUUUCCCCUUCAGUCCGCUCCAAGAUCCCAUUCCUCAGCAUCCGGCCACGGCUCCGCUUUCCCUCAACAAUCCGGGCACGCCAUUCCCGGAUGACCCGGCACGAGAUUCCAAGGAAGGAAUUCUCUCGUCCGGCAUGGCCACCGCCGCCGCCAAUCACGGUCAUUAUCCGGCCAGCAGCGGUGGAGGAUCUCACCACCACCACCACCCCAAUCAUCACGGGACGCCGGACAAGCAACUCAGCGCUCUCAGCAGUUUGUUGAACAGUAGCGACGCCUCAGCAGCAGCAGCAGCGUCGUCGUCUGUGACGGAAUCGGGGAGGCUGCGCAUUUUGCUCAUGCAGAGACCGGGCAACGGGCCGCCAGCUCCACCGUCGGCUGGCCAUCUUUCGACUAGCAUCAACGGGAGCCAUCUGUUGAGUAGUUUGGGCAGCGACAGCAGCGAUGGCGUCAAACGUGAGAAGGAGGAGACUAGCAGCAGCAGCGUCGGUGGCGUCGCCUGUGGCUUACAGCUGGCCGGAAGCAAAGGCAACCACGACAACCGCAUUCUCAAAGGCCUGCUGAAUCAGGACGAUGGCGACGAAACCGAUCCGGCGGAUGAGGGCGGCAGUCAUCGCUUCUUGCUGGCGGGCAGAGGCAACUCGGGCGACAACAAGAGCAGCUCCGUCAACAACAAUAACAACAACAACAACAACAUGCUGCACAAGCUGCUGAACGUGCGGAGUGAUGACGAUGCCGAGCAGCGGAUGGGUCUGCGCAAGCCCAACGAAUUGCUGAAGAAACUCCUCAAGGAUUCCGACGAGGAUCAUCAACAGGCCGGUGGUAGCGGCAGUGCUUGCGGUGGCGCCGGAAGCAGCAACAACGCGGCCAGCCAGCAACAACAACAACACCACCACCAACACCACCCCAUCCAGCAGCAGCAACAACAACAUCCCGAUCAGGUGUCGUUCCAAGAAGAGCAAUUACUCAAGUCGUUGGGCUUCCCAUCGCCGACAACGUCAUCAGGUUCGUCUACGACUCCAACGGUAACAACGGGAUCGUUGGCCAACAUGUUGAGUACCAGUCAGACCACUCACCUCAAGUCUCCACCGCCAGGCAUGGCCAGCCAUUGCGAUGGAUUGCUGGAAUUUGGCGGAGUCGUUUGCAGCAGCACGACCAGCAGUGGGCUGCUCUUUGGCGGCGGGCCGGUGGGUGGUGGUGGCAUGCGGGGCACCAAGAGACACAGCGAAGAAGCCCGUGACGAGGUGAAGGCCAGCAAGGAGCCCAUGCUCAACGCCGACCACCUGAUGAUGUCCGCAGGCGGAGGUGGGGUCUUGCAUCAACUGCUGGGUCCUCCAACGUCGUCAUCCUCCUCUUCCUCAUCUUCGACAUCAACGAAUCCGCACAGCAGCACAGUGGCAGCUCCUCUGUCCGUCGGCUCAUUGCAACACCAACCGCUUUCAUCGCCAGCAGCUGCCGUUGCGGCCGCCACGUCCGUCGUGGCUGCGGCGGCCGCCACGGCCAACAUUGCUGCCGCUUCAGCCAUCCAGUCAGCCGCUGCUGCUGCUGCUGCCGCUAAUCUCCCGGCCAGCAGUAAAUUGUGCGAGAAGAAUAAGAUGUUGGCUUCGUUGCUGGCCAAGACGCCCGUCAUCCCGUCACACUCGCUGUCGACGAGUAUCGCCUCGCCCAAACCCUCAGCGUUGCCUCAGGAGAAAUUGCCCAAGGACUUGAAGGAGAAAAUCCUUCAGACGCCGCCAGUGAGUGGAACGUCGGCUCCGGGCGCCCAUUGGGCCGGAGGCUCGGUGCAAACCCAGCCCUCGACGACUAUGCAACUGCCCCCGCAUCCGCCAAUGCAACAACCCCAGCAACAGCAGCAGCAGCAACAACAACAACAACACCUUUUGAACCAACAGCAACAACAACGACAUCCGGCCAUGCAACAGUCACAGCAGCAUCAGUUACACCCCCGAUCUCAGCACCCACAACAGCAGCAGCAACAACAACAACAUUUGAACCUCAGCCAGAAGCAGCAGCAACAACAACAACCAGCUCCUCAGACUGGAGGCUUUUUGAAUUCUCUUUUGAAUCGGCCCAUUGAUUCGGCUUCCGGUCCCAAUCUGGGCGAAUCGCAGCAGCAACAACAGUCUAAUCAACAACAGCAACUUUAUUUAGCAGCCCAACAACCCCCGCCCCAACUCCAACAACAACAUCGACCCAAUCAGAACCCCGUUCAGAAGUUGUCUCUCAACAAUCAGCAACAACUUUCUGCCGCCAUGAACUCCUCGGGUGGUUUCAACAUUUCCCUUCAUCCGCAACAGCACCAACCUCACCACCAGCAACAACAACCCCAACAACAACAUCAACUGCAACAUGCAAUAUCUGGCCCCAUGGGCCCCGAUCGAAGCCUGCAGCAAAGCGGAGGAGCAGGUCAGCGAUCCGGAAUGUCCAUCCAGCCGCAACAACAACAACAACAACAGGCGUCGCAUUCCAAUCCCAUGUUGGCGGCCACCAGUUUGGAGAGCAGCGACGGCACUUACAGCGUCCACGCCGAUUUCAUGACUCCGCUGGAUGUGCAAAUGGCGUCGGUGGCCGGAUGGGGUGACACGCCUUCGAUGGACCCCGAACUCUCUGACAUCAUCGAGCAAGUCAUCGACAUGGACGAGAGAUACGAAAGCGAUUCCAUGAUCUUUGGCGAGCUGACGUCCGCCACGCCACCGCCAGUGACUAUCCAGCCGGUCAUGUCCAUCGUCCAGUCGUCGCAGAGCGUCACGUCGGUGACUCAGACGACUGCCGUUGUCGGCCCGUCGGGUCCCCUCCUGCAAAUGGACAUGUCGAAAGAGAAACUGGCCAUCACAGCCAUUCAAAAGUCGCUCAUGUCCUACGAGAAAAUCUCGCCAGUCGCUCAAAGUCCGCCGGCCUACAACCUGCCGGGCUACGCACAACAACAACAACAGGGUCAAGGAGCGCCGAUGAGAAUGUCCACUCCGUCGUACGGGAUGAAUUCGCCUUCAGCUUCGGCUGGGUCCAUCAACAUGGCCAAUCAGCAGCAGCAGCAGCAGCAGCAGGCCAGUCUCACCAUCCCCGGUGGCAGAAAGCAGAAAUUGCCCGUCCAACAGCGACGACUCUUGAAUCGACAACAACAACAACAGCAGCAACAAUCACAAGAUCAGCAGCAACAACAGCAGCAGCAGCACCCACCUCAACAGCAGCUCCUGGGCGUCUUGCUGAACGAAUCGUCGGUACAACACACCCAAGGUCCCCAGCUCUCACCUGGAGCCCUGCAAAUUAUGGAUGACCUACUUAACGCCAUCCCACCCAACAUGACUAUAUCCAGGUCGGAUUCACAAGUUUCACCCAACUACGGUUCGGUGAUGUUGAGCAGUCCACUGGGUAGCGGUGGGCCGCUGGCGUCUCAAAUCUCUCCCAGUCAGCGCCCGAUGCAACCCCCUUUUUCGCCUCACGGCCCGAUGAACACGGCCAACGGUGGCAACUACAAUCAAAGCCCUCAGGCACAAAUUGUCAAUAACAACAGCGGCAACAACUUCGCCCCCGGCGGACCGUCUUCUCGGCUCUCGCCGUUCAAUUCGGCUCAAGUGUCGCCCCGCAUAGGGCCACCUCCGCAAAAUUUUCAACAGCAACAACAACAGCAGCAGCAGCAGCAGCAACAACAACACGUAUCCCAGCUUUCUCCGCAGCCAGGAGUGGGCGCCAGAUCCAGUCCCGGAAUCAGUUUGCAAGGGCAGCCAAGUCCUGGCGUUGGGGUAGGAUCGUGGAACAACAACAUGCCGAAUCGUCCUAAUCUGCAACCGCAACAACAGCGACAGCAGCAGCAGCAACAACCUCAACAACAACCUCAACAGCAGCAUUUGCUCGGUUAUGGACAAGGCAUUCGCGGUGGCUACGCUCCUCGACCCGCUAUGAGAGCAUUGCCCAAUUCCGGUCCGCCCAACUGCGUCGGCGGACCUGCUGGCCCGGGCAAUAGUAGCAACAACAACAACAACAUUCGACAAGGCUACGGUAACAACGGCAUGACCGACAAUCCAACCGGACCAUCUUCCUCCAACGGGAUGUUUGCUCGCCAGCAACAACAACAGCAGCAGCAGCAACAACAGCAGCAGCAACAACAGUUGAGAUUACAGCGAACCGUGAGCGCACCUAGCGGGGUUAUUCCAGCCUUGUCUAUUGGCGGUGGAUUGAGUCACAAUGCGAGCAGCUGCGGUGCCACCACGGGUUCUAUCCGACAACAACCUUGCCGAGAGGACAACACAACCACCUCCUCCUUACACUCGACCGUUCCGUCUGCCCUCAUCCACCACCAUCCACCUCCUCCGUCGUCCAAUCCUUCCACUCCGUCUUCAUCCAAUUCCUAUCCUUCCUCGCACCCCAAUUCUCCCGGCUACCAUUUAGGAAUGGGCAACGCUGGCCAACCAUACCAACAACAACAGCAACAACAAGGUGGUGGGGCCGGUGGCAACCGUGGCAACGCUUCUUCGGCCGCAGCCGCUUCCGUCUACAGCGCCAAAGUAUUAGCUUUCCAACAGGGUUCGAAUCGACAAGCUCCGCCCGCCUCGAUGGGCCUCUCGUCCGGCAACAGCAGUCAAUCGAGUCGGCCGCCAUCGGCCGAUGAUUCGGCCGAUUCCUUCUUCCAUUUCGAUUCUAUUUCUUCCCACCAACAACCAUACCAGCAUCCGCACCACCUCUCCUUUCCUCCGCCAGGCCCUUUGCAUCCGUCUGAGCUGCAGCUGGCUGGUUCGGUCGGUGGUCCAGUUCAGGGUGGCGGAAGAAAUGACGGCGGACCGCCUGGGAUGGCCUCCGAGUACGUUCGCAAGGAGCUAAAAGCGGUGGUAGGAGCCCGAACAAUCCAAAGAGGUUUGUCUGGUCCGGUUGUGAAUGUGAACCACGGGUCGGGCCAGAUGAACCACAGCUCACCUCCCAUGAUGGUACCGGGUGGUAAGCCACUCAAUCAAGCCGAUCUUGAAGCCCUCGGUCUCAGCUACGAAUUGCCCCAGGGGAAUGACGGAUUACACGGAAGAGUUUGGGAUAGUCCCAACAUGGGCGAGUCGCCGUCGCAGACAAUGCCGUCUACCAGGAAUACGAUGGAAGAAGCUCCGCGGCCAGCUGAUCCUCAAAUGUCUCUUCUCAAGCAGCUACUCUCGGAGUGAUUUGAGUGAAUCCAUCGAAUCCAACCAAGACCUUGACUCUGGUGUCUUGGUUCCAGCCAGCUCGCACUCUUGCCCACACACAAAAAGUCCUCCUCCUGUUCUCUCAGACUCUCAUCUCCCGCAUUUCGUUGACGGACCGUGUGGCCUUACUUAUUCAAAUAACGGAGUCCUUUUGUCUCGGCAUUUCCCCCACUCCCAGGGUAUGGGACUCGGAAAUUCUCCAGCAGAAACCAUUGACGAAGAAGAAGAAGAAGGAUAGUUUGUUGGUUACUUUGGAACAGAAAAGAAGAUUACGUCAGGAACAGACGAGGGAAUGAAACGGUACACGUGAUAUAGCCGAUUUGUUUACAUUUUGCGAACCACAUAAUUUAUCCGUCCGCAGAUUUUACGAAAAAAGAAACUUACAAAAAAACAAAAAAAUAAUUAUCCAAACAUGGGUCGAAACAAAUGGGUGCCUAGUUCUUGGCUUCUUACCUUUUUUUAAAAAAAAAUAAAUUAAUCUUUUUUUUUGUGUGUGUUCGUUUGGCCAGGAAUAGCGUAGUUUCAACUCAAUUGCUUCUGCUGCUCCAGUCAAAUUUAUAUUUUUCUUUUCUUGGGUCGUCAGCCAUUGUUAUCAUUUCUUCUUUAAUUUUCCUACUUUAAUUUUCCCUCCCGAGAACCAAUACUCUUCCCCUUCAUCAAGCAAAAAAAGGUAAAAAAAAAAACUGUGUGUAGUACAAACCGCCACCCGUUAACGACAUGAGAACCGAAUUCUGGGUUGAUUGCAAUAGCCUGUGUGUGUGGUUUUGGGGGGGUUCAUUUCGUUCCUUAUUAUUAUUUUUUUUUCAUUAUUAUUUAUCUAUUAUUUUUUUCCCGACCAGCCACAAGGAUGUUUUUUUUAAAUCUUUCCUGGUCUCCUUUGUCCGUGUCUCUUUUGUUUUUCAGGCAAAAAGAUACAGAGGGAAUGAGUUGAAUGGUUGUGAAGCGAAAUUUUGAUGGAGGAAGAUUCUAUAAACUCCAUGAGAAAAAUUUAAAAAAUAACAAAAAAAAAAAAUUUAUAUCUAUAUAAAUUGCUGCAGCAAAAAUGUUGCGUGAUUGUCGAUAUGUACAUUGUCGACAUUGGAUGGCUGAACGAAGAUUACGCCAGGUGUGUUUUUUUUUCCCCCUUUGAUUGUGUUUGCUUGUUUGUUUGUUUUCUAGAGGUCCCCACCAGCCCAUACUUUUUUUUUGUCCUUAUUUAAGGGGGUUGUCACCUUUUUCAUACCAAAGUUUAUACAUUAUAAUGUCGUUGUUUCAACCCACACACACAUAUAGUUAUCGAUGAGGAGUUUUUUCGUCACGUAUAAUUUUUUUUUUCACUGUAUUUUCUCUCGCGUGUGUGUAUCUCUUAUGUUUGUAGCUAUAGCCGCGCAGAUGGUGGGGAACUAAGGGACUGGUUUAUAGCACUGCUUUUUCGUUUGUAUAUUUUUCCUUGGUGGAGGAGGGAACGUGAUAAAAAAAAAUGGAAAGAAAGAAAAAAAAAUAUUGUGAGAAUCCCACCCCUCUGAUCCCGUGAUCUGGAAUGGGCCGCCCAGAUUGUGUGUGACCUCCCCUCGACUGGAGACUCCUAUACAACUCACGGCGAAAAUUGUGUAACUUGUGUCCCUCAACUGUUUACCUGUUCUCUUUAUCCUUCGAAUCGAGUAUCGAAAUGUAAAUAUUUUCGGGUUACAUGUUUCAAUUAUCUGUCAAAAUACGAUUGCCCGUUAUUCAACAGUA